AUGGCGGCUAUGGGUGGGGAUGAAAGGCAGAGGAUGGAGGCUCCGGCAGGGGACAAGUUCCCCGAGGGGCUGCGCGUGCUCGCUGUGGACGACGACUCCGUCUGCCUCAAGGUACUGGAGGACGUUCUGCGCCGCUGCAAAUACAACCCAACGACCGUGACAGACGCGAAGACAGCGUUGAAGAUGCUGAGGGCGGGGAAGGCAGAGUUCGACAUGGUGAUCACCGACGUGCACAUGCCAGGCAUGGACGGCUUCAAGCUCCUUGAGCUCAUCCACCUUGAGAUGGAUCUGCCCGUCAUCAUGCUAUCUGUGGAUUGCGACAAGAAGGCUAUGAUGAAGGGCAUAACACAUGGGGCGUGCGACUAUUUGGUGAAGCCAGUGUGCACCAACGAGCUAAAAAAUAUAUGGCAACAUGUUGAAAGGAGGAGAAAUUUUGAAGCAAAAACACACAUCAACAACAACAACAACAAUGAUCAUGAUGAUGAUAGAGUGCAGCCAAGGACUGCUGCCACGAGCAAGGACUCGGAGAAUAAGGGCAAUGAAGAAUAUGAUUCUAACAAGAACCAAGAGAUCACACACAUAUCCACCACCUGGAAGAAGCCAAGGGUGGUAUGGACAACUGAGCUUCAGAACAAAUUUCUAGAAGCUAUUGACCAGAUCGGCCUAGACAAGGCCGUUCCAAAAAAGAUAUUGGAACUAAUGAAAGUGGAUUACCUCACCAGAGACAGUAUCGCAAGUCAUCUAUAG